UUUUGGAGGCUAAUAGCAGCCCUCUUUUAAGCACUUUUGGAGAUUAAGAUAGAUGAUUCAUCAUUAAUAAAAGAUCAAAUAUUUCAAUUUCCUCAAAUUGGGUUUUGUCCUUAGAUUUUUUUAUCUAUUAUUUAAUAUUCGAAUGUUCAUAACUAUAAUUUCAGAUGGCUCCAAAACGGCGUGGGCGCUCUCCGAGGGGUAGCCAUAAGGAUCAGGGCAUGCCUCCGAUCCCAGAAGCUAGUCCCCCCACCCAAGCUGCUCCGCAGGAGGGAGGGACGAGCAAUCCUCAAGUGGCCAGCUUUGUUCAGGAACUUAUGGCGGAGAUAAGACGCCAAGUAUCUCCUGCCACAAGUGUACCACCUCCAUCCCCGAUGGUCUCCACUCCUGUGGCCCCUGCUCCGGUUUCCCCUGUUCCUAUCUCUUCUACUCCUGAUGUACCUACCUGGAAGAUUUAUACCGAAUUCCAGAAGUUGAUGAAGAACAAGGGAUUCGAUGGUACUGCAGGUUUUGAGCAGGUGGAAUCAUGGAUUUCCGAGGUGGAGCGGGGAUUCUACCUGCUGCAUGUUUCCGAUGACCUUAAGGUCAAUGUAGGCACCUACAUGCUUACUGGGAAGGCAUUAACUUGGUGGGAGAGUUAUCGGAAGCUACACCAGGGAGAGCCUGAAUUGAGCACCUGGGAUGGUUUUAAGAAGGUGUUCAUGCGGGAGUACAUACCGGAUAGCAAAAGGCGAGAACUGCAAAGAGAAUUUGUAGAUUUAAAGCAAGGGCCAGGUACUGUUAAGCAAUACAAGGAGGAAUUUGACCGCUAUCUGCCUUUUGUGGGUGGCCAAGUUGGCGAUGAGCAAGCCAAAGCCGACAAAUUUCUGUGGGGCUUGAAUUCUGACAUUUACUUGGCGGUAAACCAAUUUAAACCCGCCAUUUAUCGAGAGGCUACGGACAGAGCCAUAGAUCAGGAGAAGGCUAUGGCUAGAGUCAAGCCCUCAGGGCAGCUUAGUGGUGGGUCAUCCCUUGGGAAGAGGAAGUUUGAUGGGAGCCGUCGGUCCCUUUUCCUUACACCACCUAGAUCUAAGAUCAGCAAGGGCUCUAGAUGGUCAGGAGCCACCAAGACAGUGAGUCAGGCAUCAUCGGCCCCACGUGCUCAUCCUACUCAGCCUAUUUGCCAUGUUUGUGGGAAGGUCGGGCACACCCGGGAUCAAUGCCACAUUGCUACUGGGGCUUGCUUCAAAUGUGGCAAGCAGGGACACCGGAUUGCAAAUUGUCCACUGCUAGACCCCAAGACUCAGGGCACUCAACCUACCUCUCCGCAGGGUUCUACCAGUCAGGGGGCGCAGAAACAGAGUACCGGGGUUCGGACAAGAGCCCAGCAGGCGAGAGUGCAAGUGAUGACUCACAAGGAAGCUGCGACCACCGACGUAAUCACGGGUACCUUGCCUGUUAACUCUGAUUAUGCGCAUGUUUUAUUUGAUUCGGGUGCAUCGCACUCUUUUAUUGCUCGAUCCUAUGUUUUGAAACGAGCUUUGCCUGUUGAUAUCUCUGAUUGUGAACUGCAUGUGGACACCCCUUUAGGAGGGGUGAUGACUACUAGGGAGGUGUGUAGGACUGUGGAUAUUUAUGUUGAUGGUAGACAAUUGAGUGCUAGUUUGUUUGUUUUAGAUAUCUCCGAUUUUGAUAUCAUUUUGGGGAUGGAUUGGCUGUCUAAGUACUUUGCCUCUAUAGAUUGUCAUCGGAAAUGGGCUCAAAAAUAUCUUGCAAAUGGUUGCCAAGGCUUCCUAGUCUCUGUUACUGAUGCUAGUAGUAUGACAUCGAGACUAGAAGACAUACCGGUGGUGCGUGAGUUUCCGGAUGUAUUUCCGGAGGAUCUCCCAGGUUUACCUCCGGAUAGAGAGGUUGAAUUUGCUAUUGACCUUGUUCCUGGCACCGGACCUGUUUCCAAAGCACCAUACCGUAUGGCUCCUGCAGAAUUGAAGGAGUUAAAGGUCCAGCUGGAGGAACUCCUUGAGAAAGGGUUUAUACGCCCUAGUGUAUCACCUUGGGGAGCUCCAGUGUUGUUUGUCAAGAAGAAGGAUGGGAGCAUGAGGCUUUGCAUUGAUUACCGGGAAUUGAAUAAGGUGACUGUGAAGAACCGGUAUCCCCUUCCUAGAAUUGAUGACUUGUUUGACCAGCUCAAGGGUGCUCAAGUAUUUUCUAAGAUUGAUCUUCGAUCUGGCUACCACCAGGUGAAGAUUAAACUGGAUGAUGUGCCAAAGACUGCCUUUCGCACCCGUUAUGGUCAUUAUGAGUUCAUAGUCAUGCCAUUUGGCUUAACAAAUGCCCCCGCCAGAUUUAUGGAUUUUAUGAAUCGGGUGUUCAGCAAGUACUUGGACCAGUUUGUGGUUGUCUUUAUUGAUGACAUUUUGGUCUACUCUUCUAGCCAUGCUCUUCAUGAGAAGCACUUCAGGACAUUCCUCGAGACGUUGAGAAGGGAGAGGCUGUUUGCUAAAUUCAAGAAGUGUGAAUUUUGGCUAGAUAAUGUUGCAUUCCUAGGUCACGUUGUGACUAAGGAUGGAAUCUCUAUUGACCCCCAGAAGAUUGAGGCCGUGGUUGAUUGGAAGAGGCCAAAUAGUGUUGCAGAAAUCCGUAGUUUUCUGGGAUUGGCUGGUUAUUACCGCCGAUUUGUGGGGGAUUUCUCUAGAAUUGCUCUGCCCAUGACUCGUCUUAUCAGAAAAGACACCAAGUUUGAGUGGACCCCAGAGUGUGAGAAGAGCUUUUUGACCUUGAAGGAGAAGUUGGUCACUGCUCCUGUACUUGCACUUCCAAUUAAUGGGGAAAGAUUCACUAUAUAUAGUGAUGCCUCUAAAAGGGGUUUGGGAUGUGUCUUGAUGCAAAAAGAUAGGGUUAUUGCAUAUGCUUCUCGGCAGUUAAAGCCUUAUGAAGAAAAUUACCCUACCCAUGAUCUGGAGUUGGCAGUUGUAGACGCCAAGUUUGAGUGGACCCCAGAGUGUGAGAAGAGCUUUUUGACCUUGAAGGAGAAGUUGGUCACUGCUCCUGUACUUGCACUUCCAAUUAAUGGGGAAAGAUUCACUAUAUAUAGUGAUGCCUCUAAAAAGGGUUUGGGAUGUGUCUUGAUGCAAAAAGAUAGGGUUAUUGCAUACGCUUCUCGGCAGUUAAAGCCUUAUGAAGAAAAUUACCCUACCCAUGAUCUGGAGUUGGCAGCUGUAGUAUUUGCACUCAAGAUCUGGAGGCAUUAUCUGUAUGGUGAGACUUGUGAGAUCUUCACUGAUCACAAGAGCCUUAAGUAUAUUUUCACUCAGAAGGAGCUUAAUAUGAGGCAGAGGCGAUGGCUUGAACUUUUAAAGGACUACGACUUGACCAUUAGCUACCAUCCGGGUAAAGCUAACAAGGUAGCAGAUGCAUUGAGUAGAAAGUCCUCUGGCACUGCCUCUAGCAUCCUUGCCACUCAGAAGGAGUUACUUGAGGAUCUUGUGAAACUGGAUGUGGAGUUAAGAAUGGACAGCACUACGGCUUAUCUAGCCGCCCUCAGUGCACAACCGGCAUUAAUAGAUAGAAUUAAACUUGCCCAACAAAAAGAUUCCUUCUUGCAGAAGAUGAAGGAAAAAGUAAGAGCCGGGGAACCCCACAUGCAAGAGUUCAGGAUUUCUGAUGAUGAGAUUCUGUGGUUUGGUGACAGGCUGUGUGUACCCAAAGAUCAUGCUUUAAGGCGUGAGAUUAUGGGAGAUGCCCAUUAUACUAGCUAUACAAUUCACCCAGGUAGCACCAAGAUGUAUCGUGAUUUACGUAGUACAUUUUGGUGGCGAAACAUGAAGAGGGAGAUAGCUAGAUUUGUCUCACAAUGCCUGACUUGCGAGAAGGUCAAGGCUGAACAUCAGAGACUUCUUGGAAACCUGCAACUGUUACCUAUUCCUCAGUGGAAGUGGGAAAACAUCACCAUGGACUUUGUGACUGGAUUACCACGAACCUUAAAGGGUAAUGAUUCCAUUUGGGUCAUCGUUGAUCGAUUGACCAAAUCGGCUCACUUCUUACCCUACCGGACUGGCACCUCCAUUGAAAAGCUUGCUAGUAUGUACAUGGAGGAGGUAGUCAAACUGCAUGGAGUCCCUGUGUCUAUUGUGUAUGAACUUAGUAAGUUCCGAGCCUUGUGCAUUUGUGGGAUCCCCUCACAAGUGCACGGCGUCUGCCACGUCCCCGGAUUUGGGUUCUGGGGCGUGACAGAUUCAAUGGAGAAUGGCUUGCAUCUUCCUCAGCUUCCUAACAAUCCUAUUAUGGCUCAAUUGAAGAAUCAUUCAGAGGCAAAUGGUGGUGAGUUUCCAAACAAGAGGGUUGUUGAAAAGAUCAUGGUGAGUGUUCCAAACAAGUUUGAGUCCAAGAUUUUAGCCACUGAAGAAACUUGUGAUUUCGAUACAAUGAUUGUUAAUGAGCUCAUCAACAAGUUAGAAGCUCAUGAACAAAGAUUGACUCUAAAAGGUCAAGUUGCUACAACCAAAGAUGCAUUCCAAGCAAGACAAAAAGAAAAGCAGGGUGGAAAUCUUAAUUCUCAAUUGCUGGUCUCUCUCUAUGUUGAUGAUCUUUUGGUGACUGGAGGAGACACUGAACUCCAACAAUUCAAGGUUUCCACGCAAAAUGAAUUUGAAAUGAUAGAUUUGGGAGAGAUGAAAUACUUUCUGAGAAUGGAAGUGAUGCAAUGUAACAAUGGAAUCUUUGUUUCACGAGAAAAAUAUGCCAAGGACAUUCUUAGGAAGUUAAAAAUGGACAAAUGCAAGCCAAUUGUCACUCCUCUUGCACAGAAUUUGAAAUUGUCUAAGUAUGAUGACAGCUUGAAGUGUAAUGCUUCAAUUUACAGAAGUUUGGUUGGGAGUUUGCUCUAUCUUACAGCAACAAUGCCUGAUCUUAUGUUUGCUACCAAUCUGCUAUUAAGGUAUAUGACUUCGCCAUCUCAAACUCAUUUUAGUGCUGUUAAAGAGUCUUGAGAUAUGUAAAUGGAAUUGUUGAUUAUGGAAUUAUAUAUAAGUCUACAAGUGAUGGUUCCUUGCAAGGCUAUGUGGAUAGUGAUCAGACAUGAUGUCCUAAUGACUCAAAGAGUACUACAAGUUAUGUUUCUCAUUUGGUUUAGGGAUGUUUUGUUGGAAUUCAUCUAAGCAGGAACCGAUAGAACAAUCUACAAUAGAAGUAGAAUAUAUUGCUGGCAGACCU